ACCUUCUUCAUCUCUAUCUCUUCUCUCAACAACUCGGGUCGUGCAAGGCAGACGGCCUCACCCAUUAAACAUCUUUCUCCCCUAUCGUCGAUCCCCCGUUGACGAUCCGCUUUCGACGGUCAAAUCGACGACCAGGCUUGAUCCUUUCACACCCACCUCCGUCUUGUUUCUCGACACGCGCAGUCGUCGCCACCUGCUCUACCCUCAGUCAUCAUGUCACACUCACCAUCGUACCCGUUGACGCCGACGUCAGAGAAAGAGGUCAUGUUCCCUCAUGUCGCCGACAUCUCUGAUCCCGCGUAUUCACCUCCCCAAACGCCUGAGCAAAAGCCGAUAGAGCCAAAGGGUCUGAACGCUCUUCCCGGUAUACGUCCCAUCCAACCCACCUUCAUUCCUUCAGAUGCCAACAUUCCGGACAAUUACGUAUCCGACACGAUCGCCCGGACAAAAUACCUCCCGCCGGUCACUUGGAAGAACCUUAUCUGGAACAUCCAAUGGAUCUCCUUUUUGGCGUUGACUGUCACCCCCUCUCUGGCCAUAUAUGGAUUCUUCACAGUCCCCUACAACCGCAACACGCUUAUCUGGAGCGUCAUCUACUACUACAUCACUGGUCUCGGCAUCACUGCUGGCUACCAUCGUCUAUGGGCCCAUAGGUCAUACAAUGCCUCUGUACCUCUUCAAUACUUCUACGCUAUCGCAGGAGCAGGUGCCGUCGAAGGCUCGAUCAAAUGGUGGUCUCGCGGUCAUAGAGCGCAUCAUCGGUACACUGAUACGAAACUCGAUCCGUACUCUGCCCACGAGGGUUUCUGGUGGUCUCACAUGGGAUGGAUGAUCAUCAAGCCUCGGGGCAAGAUCGGAGUGGCCGAUGUGUCCGAUCUCACUCGCAACAAGGUUGUCCGUUGGCAACAUAAAUUUUACAUUCCUUUGAUUUUCUUCAUGGGGAUGAUCCUCCCUACAAUGGUCGCCGGACUUGGAUGGGGUGAUUGGUGGGGUGGAUUUGUCUUCGCCGGAGCUGCUCGUCUUUGCUUUGUCCAUCACUCCACGUUCUGUGUCAACUCGUUGGCCCACUGGCUGGGUGAGAAGCCUUUCGAUAACAAGCACACUCCUUGCGAUCACUUCAUCACCGCACUAUGCACCAUCGGUGAAGGCUACCACAACUUUCACCAUCAAUUCCCCAUGGAUUUCCGUAACGCGAUCAAAUGGUUCCAAUAUGACCCUACCAAGUGGUUCAUCUGGACCAUGUCCAAGCUCGGUUUAGCGACACAUCUCAAACGUUUUCCCGAUAACGAAAUCAAGAAAGGUCAAUAUACGAUGAAACUGCAGACAUUAUAUGACGAGGGACAACAGCUCAAAUGGCCCACAUCGAGCAACGAUCUUCCCGUCAUUUCGUGGGAAGAAUUCAAAGCGGCUUCGAAAGAAAGGUCACUCAUCGCUGUUCAUGGUUUCAUUCACGACUGUUCGAGCUUUGCGAACGAUCAUCCCGGUGGCGCUCAUCUUAUCAAACGUGCGAUUGGGACAGAUGCCACGACGGCAUUUUUUGGAGGAGUGUAUGAUCAUUCAAAUGCCGCUCACAAUCUUCUCGCCAUGAUGCGUGUCGGUGUUCUCGACGGGGGUAUGGAGGUGGAAGCUUUGAAACAAAAUCAAGAUGCCGUCUCGGUCGCCUCUACACCUUCGCUCAGUUCUUCCCCCUCUUCAUCCUCGAACGAUCUCGUCUCUCUCGCCGAGGAUGCACGAUACGAUCAAUUGCAAAUCCAGUCACAAGGCCGCCACCCUAAAGCGCCGUUUGGACAACCGCAAGCUGCGGUGGCAGAUCGGUUCACGUUGUCUGUACCACCAAGCGAGAGACUACACAUUUCUUUGACGGUACCCGAAAUACGACCAGGCUUGCUUAGACGAACUCGCACGGGUAGCCCAUUGGAGGAGUCGAGGGCGGACGUGACUCACGAGGUGGACGCGCUGUUAGGUAGGGACUAGGAAAGGCUUUGGGUUUUAUUCGAAAGGAGAGAAGAAGAUAUGUGUUAAAUUAGAAAAACAAACCAAGUAGAACAAAGACUCAUCAUAGACGUCUGUACGACUUUGACGGAACCUGUUUCAUACACAUGCACUUAGUUUAUACGACUUG